AUGUCAACAGCGGAAAGUCAGUGUCUCCCUGCAACGCUUACUCCGCGCCGUCGUCGAUUUCAAGAGCGAGUGCUAUUAGACCGUUUGCGCCACUACGAGGGCCUACUUCGUCUGCAUAACAUCAAUUUCGAACCCCUGCAUCCGCAAGCCAAGCAGGAGUCUCUCGUCACUGAUGUCUCUCGGGGCCGCGAACGGUCAGAAACGGCGAGGGCACAGACCCCUGUCCAGUCGCAGGCAGUUGACCUCUGGCAGGCUAUUAGCCGAGUGACGCUUGAACCUGAAGAAGACGACGGCGACAGUCCAGAGGUGCAGGCCGACGGGGUAGAAAACGCCUGGGAUCACCACGUCGACCAGCCGGAAGCGAACGACCAGAUUGGCGAUGAUCUUCUGUUUGGUCAACCACAGGCUAAUGUGAAUGUCCUCGCCUUGCAUCCCGAACAAGCCCAGAUCUUCAGACUCUGGCAGACGUAUCUGGAAAACGUCAAUCCCCUGCUGAAAGUGACCCAUACGCCGACGCUGCAACCACGGAUUGUCGAUGCGGUCAGCGAUCUUGAGAGUAUUCAUCCUACCUUGGAGGCACUCAUGUUUAGCAUCUACUGCAUCGCGGUCAUGAGUCUGACCGAUAACGAAUGUCAUCGGCUGCUCAGAUCGUCCAAGGAAGACCUGCUGGCGCGCUACCGGUUGGGGUGUCGGCAAUUGCUGAUCAAGUGUCGGCCCUGGCAGUUUACCAAUGUCGACGGCUUGACCGCAGUGUACCUCUACUUGGUGUCCGUUUCGCCGCAAUCAGACCCGCGCUCGCUCUCCUCUAUGCUGGCGGCCGCCCUCCGGAUUGCACAGCGGAUGGGACUCCACAAUGAGUCGACAUACGCUCGAUAUACUGCCGUGGAGGCCGAGAUGCGCCGAAGACUCUGGUGGUCAUUGGUGAUUUUCGAUCAUCGCAUGUGCGAGAUGUCCGACUACAAGGUCACCACCUUGACACCCACUUGGGACUGCCGGAUUCCAUUAAACGUCAACGACUUUGAGAUUCGACCCGACACCAAUUCCUGCCCCCCAAACAGCGAGAAGCCGACCGAGGCGCUGUUCGCGGUCGUUCGUAGCGAGCUCGCCGAUCUGAUCCGCCAUACCACCUUUCACAUCAACUUUGUCAACCCGGUACUGGCAGCGGUAGCUAAGCCAAAGGAUCCUGGCCUCAUGUCCGUUUCUGCAGAUGGUGAGAUGUUGACUAUACAGAAGGCAAUCGAGGAAAAAUACCUCGCUUUUUGCGACCCCGCUGACCCGCUCCACUAUAUGACAAUCUGGACGACGCGCGGCUACCUGGCCAGAAACCGCCUGCUGGAGCACUACGCGCGACACUUGUCGUCGCCAGCGAUGCAGCAGACAGACGCGCAGCGCAAUGCUGCCCUGUUCUACGCUCUAGAGAUGCUGGAGUGCGAUACGAGACUGCGAGUCUCCCCUUUGACCAGCCGGUACCGGUGGCUCGUAGAUUUCCAUGUCCCCGCCCUGGCAUACAUCCACGUUCUGAACGACCUAAGGAAGCGACCCACAGAAAGCCACGCGGGCAAGGCCUGGCAGGCCAUGAGCGAGAAUUACGAAGCGCGAGCCAGGCACCCCAAGCCCAGCGGGCAGGGUGUCUUCACCGUCUUUGCAAGGGUGGUUCUUCAGGCUUGGGGAGCGCGGGAGAUAUUCCUCCGGCAACGGGGCAUGCCUGUGCAGACACCCCAGAUAGUGUUGGAUAUUCGCAACAAAGUAGGGCAGACGAGCUCGGGUUCCUCCAUGGUACCGAGCUGCAGCACCGGAGAACCGCCUCACAGCAGCAUCGCGAUCAGCACCAAUUCAGAGACAAUACCCACGGAGAUGAAUUUCGCCGGUCACAGUGCCGACGGACAAGCCUUCCCAGGUCCGGAUCUAGGACCCAGCAGCUUCCCCGACGUCGGUGGACCGCCUGGCAUGGACAUUGAUAUAGAUCAAUUCUGGACUGCAAUGGAUUGGAGGUUGAUGCAUACACAGGCCUGGUGA